AUGUUCCUUGAACUGGAUAGAAGGUAUUCUCCUAAUAAUGCGACACGACAGAAGAACUGGAAGAUCCGUCGUCCUUGGCUGUAUGCCGAUCUCAAGUUGCCGAAUAAAUUGCCACCAAUGAAAGUGUCAAUUUCAGUAGACGAAUUACCACUACCUGGCUACUUGGAACAAACUGUGGCCUAUGUUCUACGCAAUGCGCUUGCGAUGUGCUCCAAAUUCAGACCCAAAUAUCCCUUCCUCACGCCGGAGCGUUCAGCUCUCAUUUACAUGGCCCUCCAAUUGAAGGCAUUGAACCCACGCACCCCGGACUACCUUCGAUUUCGAGCAAGAAGUCGCGUUGAACGCUUCGAACGGGCAUGUCAACUGAUCGAUCAGUUGACAACAAUCAUGCCUGUGGACUACCUGGCCGAGUGCCAGAGAUCGGAGACACUGUCCAGGCAACUGCACGAAUUCCUUUCCCUCCAGGGUGAAGUAGGCGGAGAAAAGUAA